CCAAAUGUAAUAUACCUUUCUUCUUUCUCUCAAGACCAACUAUAGUUCUAGAUUUCUUUGAAUAAUAAUUCUUCGAAAAUUAUUUUACUCGUUCCUCAUCUUUGAAAAACUAAUUAAAACCAAAGAAAAAUGUCCAUUUUCUUGAUCUAUUCAAACUACAACGGCGCCGUUCGCCCCUUCCUUUAAAUUUUCCUUAUAUUUAUUUCUAAACGAAAAAUAACUUAAUCACAAAGCAAAAAAAUACCAUUAUUGAUAACCAUAUUAGGACUACGCUUAAAAGCGUUACAACUGAGAACUAAGCAAAAGCUCCGGACAACUUUCCGGCAAUACUCCGCCGCGAAACUCGUCUGUUCUCCGCCGUGAAUCUGCUUUCUAACUCGGCGUUUAACUCACUGAGUUACUGACUUCAACAAAAUGGUUCAAGAAUCUUUCAUAUACAGCUUUGUAGCGCGUGGGACAAUGGUACUAGCUGAGUACACAGAGUUUACUGGAAAUUUUCCGGCGAUUGCAGCUCAGUGUUUACAGAAAUUGCCUUCUUCAAACAAUAAGUUUACUUAUAAUUGUGAUCAUCAUACUUUUAACUUCCUUGUUGAAGAUGGUUAUGCUUAUUGUGUUGUUGCCAAAGAAUCUGUGGGGAAGCAAAUUUCUAUUGCAUUUUUGGAACGUGUGAGAGCCGAUUUUAAGAAAAGAUAUGGUGGUGGUAAAGCAGGUACCGCUGUGGCUAAAAGUCUUAAUAAAGAGUUCGGACCUGUCAUGAAAGAGCACAUGCAGUAUAUAAUUGACCAUGCCGAUGAGAUUGAGAAACUAUUAAAAGUUAACGCCCAGGUGUCGGAAGUCAAAAGUAUUAUGUUGGAGAAUAUAGAAAAGGCCAUUGAAAGAGGGCAAAACUUGACUACACUUAACGACAAGGCUGAAGAUCUGCGUGAUUCGGCCCAAGAAUUCAAGAAAAAGGGGACUCAAAUACGGCGGAAGAUGUGGUAUCAGAAUAUGAAAAUAAAGUUAGUUGUGCUAGCCAUCAUCCUAAUUUUGGUUCUUAUAAUCUGGCUUUCAGUUUGCCGUGGCUUCAAUUGCACAAACUAGCAUAUCAACAGCGCACAGUUGGGACCAAAUUCAUACAAAUGUAGACUAACAGAUCCAAACAGGCACAUCGGCCUGUGUUUUCUUAAUUUUCUUAUAGAAUUUUUCUUGAAUGUGUCUUUCUUUUUUAAUUAUGGGGUCGGACGGGGAGGGGUGGGAGUAACUGUGUAUUCUGUGCUGUGUAAAUGGUGACUAUGUAAGAUAUCUAUUGUUGGUAGAGGAAUCUUGAUUCAGUACAGUUA